AUGAGCUGCCGUUGCACGAUGCAGCGGCUCGCACCGUGGGCCCCGCGGCGUCCACGGGUGCCGUGGCUGGCCCCUGCAUUGGCCUCGCACCAGCAACUAGACGCUGGUAUCGCCGCGCGUCAUCAGGCGGACCGAAAAAACCUCAAGAAAUCUAAGCGUCCGUUUGCCAAUUACUUUCGCAACGAAUACGGCUGCUCGCCUUCGUACUCCGUCCCGGCUGUGCGUACGGACGGCGGCGUGUCCUCCCACAGCGUCGUGGGACUCAUGACCGAUGAGCGGCGUACGUGGACGCCCUUCUGGGGACGGGCCACUGGAGGCGUGAGGACGCGACGAAAACGUCAAGACGUGCUGGAGCCACCGGCACCGCAGUUUGGUGAUGACGGCCUCGACCGCACCAUUGAGCGUCUCUUAGAAAUUCGCUUCCAGUGGGAUCUUGGGGAUGAUGUUUUGGCCUCGAGCCAUGUACCGCCGAGUCUCCGCGCCGUGACGGAGCACUGUCUCCCGUUUGCGCCGCGUACGGAGCCUGCGUCGCCGGGGAAAACGAGCGACAAACACGAGGAGUUGGGCGGAUGCGUGGAGUUAGACGGUGAGCACAUCCCUCUUUCUGUCUUUCGAGCGCGUGGACGACGGAAGGGGCCAGCUGCGCCGAGGGGAAACCUGGGUUUCAGUGGCGUGGACACCGUCCCGUCUCUCGUCCUGGACACCACCCGCGGCCCACUCGUGUCGUCGCCCACAGAGACGUCGCUAAGCCUGCGCUGGAAGGCAACUAAUCGGGAGGCGACCAGCGUGAGUGAGAUGCUGCGUCUGCACCAAGGUGUCGGCCGGGUGCCUGUCAUGGGGCUCCCACCGCGUUCACUGUUGUUGCUCCUCAAGGCACUUGCCACAGUGGAGGUAGAGGAUCCGGCGCUCAGCAUUGCACUUGCCAUUGCGGCGGCGGAGCACUACCAUGACUAUAGCCACACGGAGUGCCUCGAGCUGCUGCGUUGCCUGCGACGCCUCGCCUACGUGCGGGGCUUAGCACGUCUGCCGGGGACUUUGACCCCGGCGCUUGCACUCUACCGCGACGUCACACAGUGUCAGAUGUUCUUCGCCGACUACGUAGCCGAUGCGGCGCCUUUUCUGGUGGACAGGGUGUGGUCACGGCUUCCCGAGCAUGUGCGUCGGCUAACACGGCGAAAGCUGUUUCUUGACCUGACCGAUCUUCUUUCACUCGCGAUGGAGCUUCACGGGUGGCGAAUCCCAACAAAUUUGCCGAAUCCCGCCAGCUCCGCCGUAUGCGCCGCGAAGUACCUCUAUCUGCGCUACACGCUGAUGCUUGACGAGACCACGGUGAUGGAGUACGUGAAGUGCAUGUCCAGGACAGCAAACAAGAAAACAACAAUAGAAGAUGAAGAGGGGACGUAUGCGAAGCCGCUUGUGAUGUGGCUCUGUGUUUCACUUUUUGUUCGUCUCGCCGCGGAGGCCCUUGGAGACGUCUUGCGCCACGUGGAGGCCUCGAUGAGGCAGCAUGUGCAGUUGGCAAAGGAGUACGAGAUGGUCGCGGCGCAGGGUGUCUCCAGGCUUCAGCGGCUGAAGGCAGAGACGGACCUUCAACGCUACCUUGACCGUAUCUCCCUGUCCCGGCCCUGCCAACGCGUGUAUCAGUGCAUUGGACGGCAAAAACCGAGACGAAUGCGGCUUCGCGUCAUUCCCCUUGAAGCCUUCCCUGAGAUCUUUCGUCAUACGCGACUGCCCUUUGAGGCGGAGACCAGGCAGGCAAUUAUUUCCACCGCUAGGCAGCGUGCCACUGCGCAGGCGGAGUCGCCCCUCGCCACUGUUUUGGCUCGCUCUGCGCUAGCAGAGAAACACAUCCAGCGAGCCUGCGGUGCGCUUGACUGGGCGACGGUGAUUUUGACGCAAUGCACGAGUCUCGUCAGGCGUCUCUCGACCCCGGUUAAGCGGCUGCAGCACAUAGAUACUUCGACGCAGUCGCCCUCACCCGCAUCGCCGUCCGUGUUUCAGUUGGAGGCGGCGGGCAGCCGCUGUGUAUUGUGUGAAGCAUAUGUGCGUUCGCGCGUGCAGAGCGACCUGGACUGCCUCUUUACGCACAUUCCAUGGCAGAGUCUAGAAGAGCAGCUGCAAACGUUUUCGGAGGGGGAGGAGGAGGAGCAGCGGGCGCCCACGGCGACAAAACAGUCGGUGACGGCGGAGGAGGCCUGUGUGCCGCAUGCGUACUUCCUAGAUGACUUACUUGCAGCUCCCAAUGGAGACGGCAGGGAUGACGCCGCCGCGGCGUCUGGGGUGUGUGUGAGUCAAGUCACUGCCAGCGCAGGCACAGAGGAGGAGGUCCAUGCGAUGUUGGGUGGUCUGCAGGAUAGCGUUGAACGAUUUCAGGUUGCCGUUGCUGACUUGAUUGACUCCCAUGAGGAGUACUUUUUGAUGGUUUAG